AUGACUAUGAACGAUCACAAGAAUCAAACCACAGCGCCGCUGGAUCUGCGCACCACAACGAGGGAGCGUGGGAGCGGCGCCGAAAGGACUCACACCAGCAAAGGUCGCACCACGGACAGCGGAGUACCCGUCUGGAGGAGAGUGCAGUAUCCCGCUGCCCCCCUCACGGAGGAUGACUGGCCAAACGGAAAUCCCAGCCACACUGUGGAGCCGCUGGAGUAUCAUUGUGGAUCAUCGUUGACAAAAGCUCCUAUCCCUUACCCAUUCUACUCAUUGCACAGCAGAUCACCGCUGGUUGUAAACGUGCCCGUCUCUCACCUCCAGUCUUCUCUUUACCCGACGGGACACAACGAACACCUGCUGGCAGAUGUUGCCCUGGCGAAGCGCCAAGACGACGACGGCGACACGGCUCUUCACAUAGCAGUUGUGCAGGGGCAGGAAGCUCAGGUCCAAAGAAUGAUCCUUCUCCUGGGACUGGUUCACACAGACCUGGACAUCUACAACAACCUGAGACAGACCCCUCUUCAUCUGGCUGUGAUUACCCAUCAGGCCCAACUGGUGGGGGCGUUGCUACGUGCGGGUGCUGACCCGGGGGCUCUGGACCGUAACGGUCAGACAGCGGUCCACCUCUGCUGUGAACACGGUCAGCAGGCCUGCCUCUCUGUGGUCCUUUCCCACCCCUCCAUCUUGAAUUGCCUGGAGGUCAGGAACUAUGAGGGCCUCACCCCUCUCCAUCUAGCUGUACAGGGUGGACACAAGGAGCUGGCCAGAAUGCUGCUGGAUGCUGGGGCGGACAUCAACGCAAUGGACAUCAAGAGUGGCCGCAGUCCUCUCAUACACGCAGUAGAGAAUCACAAUAUGGACAUGGUGCACUUCCUCAUAGAGAAUGACUGUAAUGUGAAUGGCCAGUCGUACAGUGGGAACACGGCCCUGCACAGUGCCUGUGGGCGAGGCCAGGUGGACACAGUCAGGCUGCUACUGAAGAACAGAGCCGACAACAGUGUGAAGAACUACCACAAUGACACCCCCAACGAUGGUGGCCAAGAACAAGAGGUGAGGGAGGAGAGAACUAAUAUACUGAAUCUAUGUAAGAGGAAUGGUCAUUUUUUCCCCUCUCCGUUUCACGCCAAUCAAUAGCUUUACAGAGAUGUGUAGGAAAAUAAAAACUGAAGUUAGUGGGUUAAAUGAACGAUAGUGUGGACAUAGGACUGAACUAAUCCUUGUGGGUGCUUCCCUCUAGUGGCUGUACCUAAUACCUCACAACGGCGGCAAAGCAACAACAAACUGACAAUGACAAACUGUACCAACAAUAAAACACACAAAUAAUCAAAGGAAUGCUAUAUCAGUAGCAGGCCACAGAGAUGCCGUGAACUCACUAGUUGUCAUUGCAGCACUGUUAAUGUGUCCUCUCAGGUAACCGAACCAUUUUGAUCUCUCUCUCAGGUAACCGAUGUACUACGAGGGAAGGGCUCCAGAAACCAGCAGCCCAAAGCUCAGCAGUGUGUACCAGCCUCACCACACAGGAGCACACCCCACUCACAGAACAGAGGUUCCCCAUCUCCCAGCCUUUCACCAUUGGCCACUCCCACAGCUUCGCCUCUUCACCGCAGCGCGUCCCAUUCCCCCAGGGCGCCUCCCACCCCCUCUCCCCACAGCCAAUCAGCAGAGAGCCUGUCAGGCCGCCAGUCUCCACUGAAGAUCCAGGAGAGCGAGCAGCUUGGCUCCAACAUGAUGACUGCAGUGGACAUCAGCCUGGCCCAGAGAAGGAGCUACUCACUGACCCACAGCUACCCUCCAGUAAUUCACCACCAGUCCCCCAUCACUGAUGCUCAAAUAGGACCUUUACUAGCCUACUACUCCCCUGGAGUCCAGAGACAUCUUUAUCCAGAGCUUCCCUUUAUCCUGCUCCACACCAACAUCCCUCACCCAGCCACUGUCUCUCCCGCCUCCCAAAUAACCCCUGGCCAAUCCUGGCCCUCCAGCGACCAGAUGUCUCCAUCACGAGCGUCAGAAGCAGCGUGGGCAGAGGUAACAGUUGACAAAGAGGUGCGCUUUCAGUGUCCCUGCUGAGUUAGGUUCCACCACUGUUUGGUGAGUAGAAGGACUUGAGCUUGAAACAAGAAGGAACAGUUGUUUGUUUACUACUGUUGGACUAUAGAGCCUAUGCCAGUAUGAUUAUGUACCUCUAGCUCUCAGCUGGAUGCAUUUGUCAUCUGACUGCACAUGGAUUUGUAAAGAGACUAAUGCAAUGAAACCUACACUGGAAGAAUGAAUGUUAUUGCAGUUUCCUAAAUAGACUUCAUUCAGAACUGUUGUCACCGUGUGUGAUGAGCUGUUUCGAAACUGGAGCUCCACCAGGUCUUGAAUGUUACCGCCUUACUUGAAAUUCAUGAUUAUUUUUCAGGUUAACUUUGUUGUUUACUUUGAAUAAUAUUUUUCUACAUAAAGUUAUUUUCCAAUGCA